AUGGACGGAUUCGAGGUUGCAUACACUUUAGAUAAUGAACAACAAUUCUGGGAUGAGAUCGAUGACAUCGUUUCUUCGAAAUGUGCGUCGCAUCAAUUAAUUGAUAAUGCGCUGCGAUCCUACUUGAAAUUUACAACCAACUUCAAAGACGAAUAUCUGCAAUCAGAGUUUGAAGUUGCAAAAUGUUUGCACAAAUUGAUGCAGAGCGAGCUAUUCGCAGCGAAUAAGGACUAUGUGAGGACCCAGAUCGUCUAUAGCCUCAUGCAGGAGGACGUACCUGCUACGCUACAUGUGAUAGCGAGCUUUCUACUAUUCGAUGGGCGCAAUAAUGAGACAACUUUCGAAAUGAUGAAUAAGGAGGGAUGUUUCCCAAGGUUAUUGGAGUUGGUCAAGAAAGGGAAUAGGGAAGAUCCAACUUUACAUAGACUACUACUGGAAACUUUGUAUGAGAUGUCAAGGAUGCAAAGGCUUAGUUUCGAGGACUUGGGUCAGGUAGAUGACGAGUUCAUCAUAUGUCUCUUUGAGAUAAUUGAAGAGCUAUCGGAUGAUGUUAAUGAUCCUUACCAUUAUCCUGUCAUUCGAGUUUUAUUAGUUUUGAAUGAACAGUAUAUGGUUGCUUCCACAUCAACAUCGGAUCCUUCACAUACUCUAACGAAUCGAGUUGUUAAAAUUCUCAGCCACAAAGGGUCAUCGUAUAUGACCUUUGGAGAGAAUAUCAUUCUUCUACUAAACCGCGAGACUGAAACCUCUCUACAACUCCUAAUCCUCAAGCUUUUAUAUUUGUUGUUCACUACAAAAGCCACCUACGAAUACUUUUACACUAAUGAUCUUCGCGUCCUACUGGAUGUCAUAAUUCGUAACCUUCUCGAUCUCCCUAAUGAGUUUGUCUCCCUCCGUCACACAUAUCUUCGAGUCCUUUACCCAUUACUUGCACAUACACAAUUACAGCAACCACCACAUUACAAGAAACACGAAGUAGUGAAAGUUUUAAGCAUACUCGGUGGAUCGGGUAAUGCACAUUGGGAACCAGCAGACGAAACCACCAUACGACUCGUCGAGCGAGUAGCCAAAGUUCCCUGGCUCCGGGAUGACGACAUCAGCGAAGGAGAAGUAGCGCGGAAACUCCUCGGUAUAAGCCUCUCGCCUUCACAUACCGGUAGCUCGAUAAGCGUUUCGGAUGUAGCUGCCGUUACAGAAAAACCUGGUGUUCAAACACCUAGUCGCAAAGCAGAAAGUGAAAACGCUGCACAUGAUCACGAUACGCCUGUGAUGGCGCCCUCUGAUGAAAUUCCAAAGAAAAAACGCGCGCUGCCACCGCUUCCACCGGCUGUUAGAGCAAUUACUGCUCAAAAGAAAGUGCCACCGAUGACGCCACCGAGGAGGAGAACGAAACUUAAGGCUAUGACCACGCAGCCACCUGAGGCGGCGGGGGUGGAGUGA